AUGAACAAGAACCCCUUUGCGACUGCGGCCUAUACUCAGCAACCUCCGCUUCCUCCUGGGCCGCCUCCUCCUCAGCCUGCACAACCUGAUUACUCUGCAUAUUGGGCAGCCGCCGCGGCCGCACAACAGGCUCAGCAGCAACCCGGUGCGGCUGCGGCCGCUGCUGCAUACGCGGCGCAAUGGAACGCGGCUCAGCCAGCUCAGCAGGCCGCUACUGCCGCCGCCGCCGCCGCCGCUCGUCCCGCUGACCAGGCGCACCUCUACGCAAACUACGGCUAUGGAGCGAAUUGGCAGGCGCAGCAACAGCGCCAACAGCACCAGCAACCCCAGCAGGCUUACCAGCAGCCUCCGGCCCCUGUUGUUCAGGCCCCACCUCCCCCGGCCCAACCCCAAUACAGCCCGUACCAGCCACAGCAAGCCGCGUACCAGCAGCCUUACGUCCCCCAAGCGACCCCUCAGGCGGUUCCUCAAGCGAUACCUCAGGCCGCAUACCAGCAGCCCCCCGCGCAACCCUUCCAGCAACCUCAGCAGUUCUUCCCGCAACAGCAGCAGCAACAGCAACAUCGACAGAACCGACCGCCCAUCGCUCAUCAUACUUCUCCACAACAGUUCCCACCCGCUAAGCGGCAACGCUUCGAUGGGCCAAACCAGCAUCGCGGGCCGCCUGUUCAGCCGCAGUUCCAGCCGCCUCCCCCUCCGCCUAUGCAGCAGCAGGGCGGGAUGUAUAACCAAAACCAGGGCCCGGGUCCGGGUCCGGGUCCAGGCCAAUAUACGAGGGGUGGUGCGCCGGGCAUGAACCCAGCUGGCGGACGCGGCGGGUACAAUGGGGGACGCGGGGGCGGCAAUAUGAACCCGCGUGGACGCGGUGGGUCGAUGAACAUACAGAGAGGAGGGACCCGCGGUCGCGGCGGUGGAAGCUACAAUAACAUGGGAACACGGGGCGGCGCACCACAAACUGGCAGUUUCCGUGGACACAACUCGAACCGCGGAUUUAACAAUAGGGACACGCGGAGAGGCGGCUCUUUCACCAACCAGGGCUACUCUCACGGUCAACAUCAGCAGCAGCAGAGCUACGGCCAUCACCAGAACAACUCCUCCUUCCGCGGGAGAGGUCAGGGCUACAGCUACUCCAGCCGAGGUGGCCGGCAUGAUGGAGCGGGGUCCGCCAGUGGUCGUGAAAGUGUCGGCGCGACGUCCGCGAGCUUCUCUUCUGGUAAGAAGGAUGAGAACAAGCGGACACUGACGGACUUUAAGAUCAUUGGGCUCAAGAUCCCCGAGCUGGAUUGGAGUUGGGGACUGUCUCCGGAGACUGCGACCACCGUGGUCAAGGAGGAGCCUAUUGCCACCGCUAUUCCCUCUGAAACACCAGCAGUCGUUGAAACCGCUGAUAGCGCCACUCCAGCUCCGGCUGAGGGUGCUACCACUGGGCUAGACGCUGCCGCUGUUGCUGCCGUUGCUGCCGCCGCGGCUCCUGUUCUUGAGGCUGCAGGCGUAAAGGACAUCGCAGCUUUGCUCGGUCCGCCUCCGUCACGCGUUCGGAUCUAUUUCCACACUCCUGUCACCCCUGACGAUGCGCACCCUAUCUCGUCCCAGUCUUCAGGUCUUAACUCCUCCAAUGCGCGGAAGGGGAAGCGCAAGAAGCUCGAGGAUGAUGAUGGCGACUACGAGGAGGGUCGGGGAGCCCCUCCACCCCCGCCUCAUGGUUCUGGUUUGGAUUCUUCUGCGGAUUAUGAAGGGGCAGGCCGCGACAGCGUAGCCCCGAGUGUCGCUGAGACCACCAGCGAGGGCGAUUGGCUCAUGGCUGCAAUUGGCGAAGAGGAGGGUGACGGCGACGGAGGGGAGAACCUUCACGUCAGCGAAGUCGAACAUUACCUGGAUAACGGCGAUGCCGGUGAAUUUGGCAAUGAGUAUGACCAAGGGGACGGGCACGACGGUGACCACGUCAUGGGCGACGAGGAUGCGCAGGGCUCGGAAGUGGACCCUGAUGACGAGACGUUCGCGAGCUUCAAUGCCAAUGGGCCAAAUGACCUCGCCGGGCAUCAUCUUCAGGUCAAUGGCAACAGCCAGGCCAAUGAUCCGUCACCCUCCUCUCAGGAGCAGCGUGACGGCGGCACUAACCCCGCUACGCAGCAGGGGAACUCAAACCAGAGCUCGCAGGAUACGAUUGCCUCUACUCCUUCUGUCCAGUUACCCGCUCAAGGCGGGACCGCUCCCCCAGCGGAUGCUUCUGCCGCUGCGGCGUCCACUGUGGUCGAGAACCAGGGUCCGAAUGCUGUUGCUUCGCAGUCCACUGACGCACAGGCUGCCCCCCCUCCUGCUCCCCGAACCGUGCCUUUGCAGGCGAUGGACUCUAUUGCCUCCACUGUACCCGAUACAAAUCAAGACGGUGGUCAAGGUUCUCCCUAUGCUUCUACGGUCAUCGAUGGUGGCGACGGCGCCGAACACAACGAGCACGAAUACGAGGCCACUCAGCCCGCAUACGAUCCAGAACACCCGUACGACCCGUCUGCCUCUCACGAUCCCAACGCCCCUGCGGAAGACGCCUCUGCGAACCCCGCUUUGCUCGGCGAUAAGGUUCCAUCCGCUAGUCGCUUGUCCGUGUCCUACGCGGGCGCGACGAAGCGUCUUGUUGUUGAUGCAGAGGUGGUGCCGAAGCUCAAGGUCUUCAGGGCCGAAGGCCGCAUCGAAGUCACCCUGCAGCUCCAGGAAGACGAGCGUGGCGGACUCAAGGGCAUCGCGAUGGAAGGCUGCUCAGAGGAAACUACCUAUGUUGCCCUCGACAUCUCGGAACAGCUCGAGAGCGAAGACCCAACCGUCCCACCGUUCUCCAAGGCCAAGGUCCCGUCAGAAAUCUCGCUGAUCUUGUACCUCGACAAAGAGAAACCGCUUUCCGAGCCACGCUGGGUGAAGACCGGCGACGUGCAGGAGUGGCUACGCAGCAUGUUCGGGCGCAUGUUCUGGGUCGCCGGCGACGCAGCCGACGGGUGGGAGAGGCGGAUCGAGGUCGCCGAUCCCGAUCCGGCACCGACGAUCUGGACGGUCCUCGAGUCCUGGGCGAGCAACUCGAACAUCGGGCAGGAGACGGAGCGCAAGCGCUUCUUGCGCACGCACAUGACCGAGACGGACAACAUCCUCGAGAUCCUCCUCCGCCUCGUGCGCGGCGAGCGCUCGACGUUCACGCAGAACGCGCCGCUCGCGCCCCCGUCCGUGUCGGGCCCGCUGCUCUCCGCGCUCACUCAGGGCUCCGCGCACGGCGCGCAGCAGACGCACGUCUCGCUCGCCGUGCUCGCGAUGUUCCGCCUCGCGGUAGACUUCGCGAGCAAGGCCGCGGGCGACAAGGGCAAGGCGGAGGCGGAGGAACACGUCGGCGAGAUUAUCCGCAGCCUGCCGUCGCACCUCGUCUACAAGAGUCUCGACGGCAUCUUCAAGGAGUGGAGGGUGGAGAAAAAGGGCGGCAGCAGACCGCCGGCCUGA